GGUGUGUGAGGAAUUCCACACAAACCCCGAACAACAAGGAGCAACGCAGUCACAGCACGAGGCGUAGCCACUUUCUUUGUUUGUUGUUGCUAUUCAUGUUAUUUACUAGGAUUUUCACCUCUGUUCCUCCACACAAACUGCCAUCGACAGCUUACAUUAGUGCUUGCGGUGUGUUGUACCUCCUUUCUCUUCUCCCCCUUUGAUAUAAAGGACUCUCGAUUUUCCUUUUCUGUUUUCACAGUGUGCGCUCACGAGGGAAAAACACGUCGAAGAGACCCUAACGCUUGAACGUGCUGAUGCGAGCAAAGAAAAAAGGAACCGAUAUUCUGUCAAAGGCGAAUUAAUAAUCGUUGAUAUAAACAUCCACAUUUUCCUUUCACUGAGGUAGUCGCUACACUUGUCAGCAAUGAAGUCUACCAACGUGAGAGGUGCGGUGAGCCUUUCCACGCGCUCCUUAGAAGGACAACGCGAGCCGCAGCCGAGUGCGAACGACGGCCUGGGCGACGCGGGCGACGGAACCUCUGUCUCUACCGGCGCCUCCCCGGUUUCGACGAGCAGCCCAUCCGCCGCCGCCACUGCCGCAUCUCCCAAGAACAGUAAGACGAAAAAAGCUAAAUCCUCCUUGCCAGCCGAUGCAGACGCCGCGGAGGACGAUCUCGCCCUCUCGCGCUGUCUCGUGUACUGCCGUCUGCGGCCCACUGUCAAGCAGGAUUACAAAGAAGGCGGGCAUGCCUUCGUAACGCUGGAGGACAGGCGCGUCGUUGUGAAGGACGAGCGCCACUACGAUUACGACGGCACCUUCGGUCCCUCGACAGAGCAAACGGCGGUGUUCGAGUCGGUCGCUAUCCCCUGCAUCGACCACGCCUUCAAAGGCUUCUGUUCUGCGCUGAUGUGUUACGGGCAGACCGGCACCGGCAAGUCCUUCACCAUGUGCAACACCGACCCGCAGCACCUCGGCAUCAUCCCUCGCGCCGCCGAAUACAUUUUUGGCAGAAUUCGCGCGAGCAGCGGAAGCGACCCGACGCGGACGUACGCGGUGGUGGGCCAGUUUGUGCAGAUCUACCGCGAUCAUCUCGGGGAUUUGAUGGUGCACGAGGGCAGAGACCGGGUGGAGAUCCACUACGACGAGGACACAGGCGUGUCGCUGACGGGGUGCACUUCGCACGCCCUCACGAACGCACAGGAGUUCAUGCGGUUUUACGCGGAGGGCAACACGCGACGGGUGGUGGGGUCGACGGCGAUGAACGCGGAGUCGAGCCGCGGGCACACCGCCAUGAUCAUCUACAUCUCGUCGGAGGUCCUGGAGGACCCCAGCAAAGGCAAAAUGCGAGGCAAGAUCACCUUCAUCGAUCUGGCAGGUUACGAGAGGUUCAGUAAGACGGGCAUCACCAGUGCCGACCCAAUCCGCAAAGAUGAGGCAAAGACGAUCAACGCGUCGCUGCUUGCUCUCGGCCACGUCGUCAGCUCCCUCUCCGCCGGCACCAAACACGUGCCGUGGCGAAACGCGAAGCUGACCCGCAUUUUGCAAGACUCGAUCGGCGGACGCAGCCGCACUUCGAUUAUACUGACUGUGGGGCCCAGCAGCGAGCACCUUUACGAGACCACCAACACGCUGCAGUUCGGGCUGCGGGCGAUGGCGGUGAAGGUGGAGGCGAAGGUUUCCAUCACCGUGGACUACGUCAAGCUCUCGAAGAAGCUCAUGGGCCUGCUCAGCGAGCGGGAUGAGCGGAUUAGCUCGUUGGAGGUGCAGAUCGCCAACCGCGACGCGGAGAGGCAGGAGCUGCUCGCUCGCUACCAGCGCGACCGCGGCGACCUCGAGCAGCGCUUCACCGAUGAACUCGAGCACCUCACCGCCUCCGGCGCGAGUGAGCAGCAGAUUCGCAACCUCAAGGAGGUCUACCAGGUGGAGAUUGAGAACUUACAGGAUCAGCAGCAAGAAGAGAUUGGCUACCAGGACGAGAUCCACUCGAAGGAGAUCACCCAGCUCAUGAAGGAGCAGAAGCGCCAGGAGGCGAAGAGUCUCAUGGAGAUGAAGCUGGCGCGGGAGCGUCUCGUCGACGAGUUCCAGCGGAAACUCGACAGCGCACGCGGCGGCACGAACGACGACCUCGUGCGGGCCCUGGAGCAACUCGCGGAGAAGGACGCGGUUUUGGCCUCCCGUGCGAACGACACGGCGCGGCUGCACUCCACGAUCGACGCCCUCGCCGCCCAGGUGCGGGUGCUGGGCGGGGAGGCGAGCGCAGCGGUGGAGUUCCCCGAAACCUUUCUGGACGUCUCGCAGGUGGAGGAGAUGCGGGCACGGCUGCAGGGCGAGGUGGACCGCCACUACAACAAAGUCGUCGAUCUGCACACCCAGCUCGACCGCGCCUCGAUGCUCGCCCACGACCGCAUGGAGGAGGUCUCGAGGCUGGAGCAGGAGGUGGAGGAGCUGCACGGGAAGCUGUUGCAGGCCGGCGUGGAAAUGAACACGUCGAACGAGGAGAUGCAGGCGCUGCGGGAGAGACGGGCCGAGCUGGUCGAUCCAGAGGAGCUCGAAAGUCUUCGACUGUUGAUGCAGAGCGACAUUGAUGAACUGCGCAGCCAACGCGACGACUUGCAGGCGGAGGUGAAGCGCGUAAAUGAGGCGCGCACUCGAGAGGCGGUGGCAUGGCGACGCAACAGGAUGGAUGGCCCAGAGGCGCUGAGGCGCAUUCUCGCAGAGAACAUCGGUGCGGACGGCAGCGAUGCCGCCUUGCUCGAUGCGGUGGACAGCGCCGGGGGCGGCAAAGACGGCGGCGGGGGCAAGGCGAGAGCCAUGCAGAAAGUCUACAAGAAGAUGAUCCAAAAGCUGAACCGACAGCUGGCGGAUAGCAGCCGCGAGCGGGACAGCCUCGUGCAGCGCAUUCAGCAGCUGGAGCGGACACUCGGAGCGUACGGCAUCCCGGAGCAGUCCUCGCCGGCCACAAAGGGGGAGGAGGUGCUCGACGGCGCACUCGACUACGGCGGACCGCCGAGCAGGCGCGGCAACACCCGUGCCGAAUCGACGCCGGACCGCGACAGCUCUAGCAACGACAGCCGUGCAGAGGAGGCGCUGCUGUCCAGCGGCAACGCGGACGUGACCAUGGUGCUGCUGCUGAAGGAGCAGGAGAUCGACGUGCGGGAUGACUUAAUUGCCCAGCUGGACGCGCAGCUCACCAAGGCGCUGGCCGCCCAUGGACAGGAUCAGAAGCUGAUUGAGGAGCUUAACGCCCAGCUGAAGAACGCAGGAGGAACGCCGGUGGACUCGGUUGCUCGACCACAGCCGGUAGAGGGUGUUCCGUUGGAGGAGUACACAAAGCUCCUGCGUCAAAUGCGCUCGCACAACCGCAAGCUGCUCGUGGAGCUGCUGGUGUCACAGUCCCGGCCGCGGUCCUGCCCGGAGUCGCCCACCACCGAUCGAGGCGUUGCCGAAAAGGAACUCGAAGAGCGUGACACCGAGCUGGAACUGAAGGACGAGAUGUUGCUGGAGAAGAGCGCGAUGCUGCAGUACCUCGCCACACUCGGUGCUCGACUCAUCAGCCAGAUGGAAUCCCUCGGCCUCGAGCCCUGCUGCGCACUGCCAGAGAAAUACCAGGACCUCGCAAAAGCCGAUGAGGACCAGCUGGGCAUCCAGGCAGAGAAGCAGCGCGAGCUGGAGGCGAAGCUGCAACGAGAGCAGGAAGAAAAGAUGAAGAUGCGGCGCCUGCUCGAUGCAAUCAACACGGAGCGUGAGCAGGGAGCCGCCGUGCUGCGGCAGACGGAGCAGCGCAACAAGGAGCUGAGGGAGCGGGAAAACAACGCGACGGCAGCGCUGCAGGAGCUGACGGAGAGGACGAUCCAGAAGGAGAUGAUGCGCGAGGAGGCGAUGCGGCGCACCACGCAUGAGCUGAUGGAGUUGCAGGCCCGACUGGCAAAUCAAGAGCACCGCCGCGGCACCAACGUGUUUGAACGUCUCCUGCGCAGCCUCCUGGACUGA